UGGAAGAAGAAAAAGUUAUAAAAAUCGUUUUAAUAUAACGACCGAUAAAGCUACACUGAUAAUCUUAAGUCUUAAAACGAUUCAAUUCCACCCCACCAAAGCGAAAACCCUAGAAAAACCCACAGCAAGCUCAGGUCAUUAGAGAUAAUGGCGGUAGGGCUCAGGCACUUCACGGCAAGAGCUGGAACCGGCGUCGGAGAGCCGAUUCUCGAUACAGAUAACGGUGAGGAGCUUGUUCACGUCCAACCUUCCGUUUCCGUUGCAGUCGGUAACCGUGCCUCGGAAUCCCUGGGCACUCUCUACAUAACCACCAGGCAAGUGAUUUGGCUGAGUGAAUUGGACAGAGAAAAGGGCUACGCCGUUGAUUUCCUGUCUCUGUCGCUGCACGCCGUUUCAAGGGACCCCGAGGCUUACCCUUCUCCCUGUAUUUACACUCAGAUUGAAACUGAAGCUGAUGAAGUUGAAGAUGAGUCUGAGGACUCGGAUUCUGAAUGUAGCGAGGUUUUAGAUUUGUCCAAGAUCAGAGAGAUGAGGUUUAUUCCUUCAGAUGCUAACCAAUUGGAUACUCUUUUUCAAGUAUUCUGUGAGUGUGCUGAACUAAAUCCGGAGCCUAUUGAAGAAGGAGAAGAAGAGGGACAUAAUUGGAUUUUUAGUGCUGAUCAGUUGGAAGAUGAAGCUGGAGCUGGUGAUGAUGUGGAAUGGCAUUUCUCCCAGAAUCCAACAAACACAAUCGGUCAUUCAAAUGGUCACCAUGACCUAGCUAGCAGUGUUCUUGAGCUUCAAAUCAAUGAUCAACGAUUUGAGGAUGCCGAAGAGAUGGAACAAGAUGCGGAUACUGGUCAUCAUCAUCAAUCACAGCAGUAAGUUCCCAUAUCAUUUUUGCCUGUUAAUCCGUAAGGCAAAGAGUGAACUGAAUGCAUGUGUUAAUUUUUAACUGAUUUUGCACCCAUAGCCUAAGUUUUGUUGUAUGUUAUGAAUGUUAUCUUUUCUAAGAAACUAGUCAUUUGAUUUGAA